GCUGGCAAACGCAAGUCCGAGGGCAACCGAGACGGCCUGAAAUUGGAGUAUAGUUAGAGCCAGUAACUAAAGCAGCGUUGCUGUUAUUGUUAUUAUUACUAUCCCUUGCGUAGAGAAUAUUUGGAUAUCGGCUCUUUCCCAAUUGUCACAACUUGGGUAGGUAAUUCUUUUAGGUUCCCUGUAGAAAAUCGCCUCUUUGUUUUGUUUUUGGUCCAAAGCAUUUUAAGCACGGCUCCUUUUCUUCGGAAUGGCAUAACUCAUCUUUUUUAAUGACUGCAACUGUAACUGCGGAGACAGCCAGGCUAUUGAUUUGCCCGGCCUUCACUCACCGGAAGAGGUUGAAAGAAGCGGCAAAAGAGAGUCCUUCUGCGGCAUAAAAGAAAGCUAACCUUGGACGUGCCCUGCAUCUUUUCCGACUAUGAGCAGCUGCGGAGAGGAAGAGUUUGAGCCAUCGGCGCUGGGGACCAAAGAACACUGGGAUGCAGCAUAUGAACAAGAACUGCAUAAUUUUAAAGAAAAUGGUGAUACUGGGGACAUUUGGUUUGGUGAACAAAGCAUGACUCGUAUAAUCAGAUGGCUAGAAAAGCAAAAGAUACCUCUGGAUACUUCUGUCCUUGACAUUGGAACAGGAAAUGGCAUUUUGCUGGUUGAAUUGAGUAAAUCUGGUUACACCAAUCUUACAGGAGUUGAUUACUCUCCUUCUGCAAUACAACUUUCAAAAAAUAUAAUGCAAAAAGAAGGGCUGCCUUAUAUUAAACUGCUGAUUGAUGACAUUUUAAAUCCCUCAAAUGAAUUAUCAAGUUUUCAGAUCUGCAUCGAUAAAGGGACUUUUGAUGCUAUUAGUCUGAGCCCAGAUGGUGCAGCUGAGAAAAGGAAACAGUAUGUUAAAUCCCUGCAGAGGCUAUUGAGAUCAAAUGGCUUUUUCCUCAUUACAUCUUGUAACUGGACUAAAGAAGAACUGUGCAAACAAUUUGAAGGGUUUCUGCUUUUGGAGGAACUGUCAACACCAACCUUCUGUUUUGGAGAAAGAACUGGAACUAGUGUAACUGCCUUGGUUUUACAAAAAACAUAAAAGUUUUUGAUAAAUUUUGGGAUGAAGAUCUCCUUUUAUCAAUUUUGUAUUAAAACACAAAACUGGAUUAAAAAGUGAAAUAUAAGUUUUAGGAAUUUGACAGUUGUCUAUAUGUUUGAUUUUUUUGUGGUAAAUUUUAUUACAGAUGUUUUCUUUAUAAUUUUUCAAGAUUAAAAUAGCAUGUUAAUUAAAUAGUCCUUUUCUAUUUGAAAUACAAGAUGUUUAAUUAUGGGAAAUGAAUAUAUAUAAAUCCUGUGAAGAAAUUCAUUUUUCAUUGUGGUUGAUGAUGCAAUUCCUUAAGACAGUUUAUUUAGAAAUGUGAUAGAUUGCUUGCGAUAACUUAUUUGAUAAUUUAAAAAAAAAUUCCUUAUGUGUCUAAUCACACUUGGCAAAAUAAAGUAUUCAAUUCAAUUCAAUUUCAUUCUAAAAGACAAAGAAGCGAAACAGUAAUUGAUCCUAGGUUUUUUUUUUAAUUUGAAUUUAUAUCCCGCCCUUCUCCGAAGACUUCAGGGCGGCUUACACUGUGUUAAGCAAUAGUCUUCAUCCAUUUGUAUAUUAUAUGCAAAGUCAACUUUUAUUGCCCCCAACAAUCUGGGUCCUCAUUUUACCUACCUUAUAAAGGAUGGAAGGCUGAGUCAACCUUGGGCCUGGUGGGACUUGAACUUGCAGUAAUUGCAAGCAGCUGUGUUAAUAACAGACAGACUUAGUCUGCUGAACCACCAGAGGCCCUGAGUUAGGAAAACACUGGUGUUUGUUUCUGGUGUAGCCAACUGGAAGAGUUGCAUAUAAGUGAUUCAGUUUCACUAGAUAGAUGACUAAUUAUCACCACAUAGUAGCAAUUUUCAAUUCAGUAGUUUUCAAUUCAGAUAAAUCAGAAAUCAAAGUCUUAAACAUGUUUGUGCCAUAUCUGUAAAUUAACACUUAUGAACAUUUUAGUUCUACAUUAUAUUUAUUUAUUUAUUUAUUUAUUGUUUAUAUUUAUAUACCGCCCUAUCUCCCAAAGGACUCAGGGCGGUUUACAGGCAUUUAAAAGCAAUAAAUACAAUUCUAAAAACAAUUAAAAAACUUAUUCAAAAGCCUAAUAAUUAAAAAUAUAAAAAAUUAAAACCCAAGUUAAAACCCACAAACUAAAAACUAACUCAGUCCUGCGCAGUUAAAUAGGUAUGUUUUAAGCUCGCGGCGGAAGGUCCGAAGGUCCGGAAGCUGACGAAGUCCUGGGGGCAGUUCAUUCCAGAGGGAUGAAUAUCUUUAACUGCUUUCUUCUCAACAUUUUGUGUCUUCGUUGGUUUGCACAGCUUAGCUUCUAGCAUUCAGUAUGAAUAAGUAAUGCUUCAAGGCAGCAUUUCCAGCAGCAUUUGAAUUGUUUUGUAUCUGUCAGCAAGGACAUAAUUGUGGAAUGAAGGACCACUACUGAAAAAAUGCAUCUUUGGAAAUUUAUGAGAUAUCAAUUUUAAACGGACAAAGAAUAUGUGUAUCGAAGUCUGAUAUUCCUGGAACUAUUGUAUUAAUUUCUCAAAAGCUUUUUAUGUUUUUGAGAUUAUACAAAUAGUAUGAGGGGAUAAACCCUUUUCCCCCUCCCCUGGUCUAAGCAAACAUUGUAGACAGUAAGGGAAAAAGAGGCUGAAGCGUUUUUAAAAGUUCAGAAUAUCCAGAUAACAUUUGAAAGCAACUCAAAGAGAUAUUUCUCUAAACUAAACUAUAAAAAAAGAAAAGCAGGUACAGCACAUUUGGAUUUGCCUGAAUCUAGUAUAGCCAAUCUCUGCAAAAGCUUUAGCCAUUCUAUGGAACGGAUUUCAUGUCAGUGAGGCUGACAAUCACACAUAUUUUUAAAUUGUUUUCAAUAAGGUACAUUAGUUAUGCAGGACAGUAUUGUAUUAGAACAGAACGCAAGUGUAUUUUAUCUACUUAAUUUUAUUGUUCAGUUGCUAAUUUGUGUCUAUUUGUGAUUCUACCAACCAUUUCUCCACUGUCCUCCACUGUGUCUCAGAGUUUGCCCAAAUUCAUGUUUGUUGCAUUGAUGGCAGUAUCUAACCAUCUGAUCCUCCGCUGCCCUCCUUCUCCUUUUGCCUCUUUCCCAACAUCAGGGUCUUUUCCAAUGAGUCAUCUUCUCAUUUGGUGGCCAAAGUUUCUGAACUUCAGCUCAAAGAACAAUCAGGAUUGAUUUCCUUUAGGACUGACUGAUUCGAUCUCCUUGCAGUCCAAGAAGAAUCUUCUCUAACACCACAAUUCAAAAUUAUCAAUUCUUUGUUGCUCAGCCUUCCUUAUGGGAUAACUCUCAUGGUCAUACAUUAUUACUGGAAAGCCAUAGCACUGACUUAGUAUUUUAAUCUCAUCCUAUAACUUAUUCUAUAAUUCCUCUCUACAUUCCUCUCUAAUAUCCUAAGUUCACUUUGCAACAUCUAGAGGGGAACUACUAUCCCAGUUUGCUUAAAUAACCUACUAUAUAUUAGGAAUGGUUUGCAGGCCAGAGUUUGCUCUCAAAUAAGUUCUUUAGUUUUGCUUAAUAUAAAAUAUUUACUACACUAUUGUAAGGAGAAUAAUUGAUGACUUUCAUAUUGUAUAUAUGAAUUCUUUCUUAGAAAAUGCUCAGAUAACUCCCACUUUAUUUAAAAGAUUUGUAUGGCAGCUUAUUUUAAAACACAACUCUAGAUGACUCACAACAGUUUGUAUUUUGAGGGCUUUUUCCAAGAAACAUGUUUGCUCCUUGAAUAGUCUGUACCUUCUGUAACUGCUGGGUAAAAUCACCUACUCCAUAAAUACCCUAUUACUUUAAAAUGACAAUUGUAUAGAAUGGCAUCAUGCAAUUAUUCUCUACAGGAAAUAUUGAAGAUGACAUACCGCAGUUCUGUGGGAAUGAUUUGUACUUGAAUAUUUUGCAUUUAGAAUGUGGAUACUUGUUCUUGAAUAUUUUUGUAAACAACACUUGGGUAUGAUUGUUUUGAUCUAUAUUUUGGCUCCUCCUAUUUUUCAGCAGUAGAAAAAUAUAUACAGUCCCUGGCUUGAAAAAAACCUAUAACUUUUUUUUUUACUUUUUACCGCUCAGAGUCCCCCUGUAACAUAGAUAGGUAAUUUUAAAAAUUUGAUAAAAUAGCACUUUCUUUUCAUAAAAAGCAUCCUUUUCAUUUACAAAUUAACUUUGGCUAAAGGUUUCAGGGUAUGUAUUUAUUACUAUUGUAUAACACUGUUGUAUGCAUGCAAUCUGCAGACAUUUUAAAUGAAAGGUUGAGAGUAAGAUCUAUAAUUUCCUUUUUCCCUUUUAUUUUCUGGAUUAUGAGAUGGCUUUUCUCACAUGUUAUGGAAAUAAUAGGCUUGCUGUGUUAAAUGUCACAAGUGGGCACUUGUGCACUGAGACAUUCUCAAUUUUUCAUGCAAAUUUUAUGAAUACAAAUGUCCUAACUGCAGAUAUCUCUGUAUGUUAUGAACAAUAAGUUACAGUUCCAAUUUAAGACAAGUAAAUGUAGUUUUAAUUGCAUAGAGAUUGAUAAAUAACAUAAAUUUGACAUAUAAAAUUCUUUCCACAAACUGUAAAAUCUUUCUCCUGCUUGAGCAGGGGACUGGAUUAGAAGACUUCCAAGGUCCCUUACAGCUCUAUUCUAUUCUAUAUUCUAUUCUCUUUAACCCUGAUUCCUAGUUGUUCUAAUGUUUUAGAUCUGUGUUAUUGACAAACUAUUAACAUUGGAAUGAUCAUUUAACAAUUUAACUGAUUUAUUUCUUAAACCAGAAUUGUCUAGUUUAUACAACAUGAAGCCAAAACCACAUUGUGACUUAUAUGUGAGUUUCUAAUCGUUAUCAAUGAUUCAUGCUACAUUGACUUUAACUACAGAUUGUUGUGAAUAUAAUAUAGAUCAGGGGUAGUCAACCUUUUUAUACCUACUGCCCACUUUUGUAUCUCUGUUAGUAGUAAAAUUUUCUAACCACCCACCAGUUCCACAGUAAUGCGCUGUGUAUCGUCAUCUGUGCAUGCCUCUCGUGCAUCGUGGAUUGGGUUUGUGGGGGCACCGGCUACCAGCUCUGCUUGUCUGUUACAGCUGGGUGAGGUGGGGGGGAGAUGCGCAAGCUAUUCUAGGACAAGGCUCUUUCAUUUGCGGUCGCACUAUAGCGCCAUUUAGUUUCACUUACGUAACGUGAACUAAACUUAUGCGCGGGUGAUACAAAUAGUAUGUUUUCAGAAAUUUAAAUUGUCACAGGAAAUAUUAUGAAAACCUAAUGCAAAUGUUUUUAAAUAAUGCUAUGAAAAGUUUUUAAAAAGUCAAUUAAAUUUAAAAAAAAGGAAAGUGCUUCACUAUCGGACAAAACCCCUACCGCCCACCAUGAAAGCUGAAAUGUCCACUAGUGGGUGGUAGGGACCAGGUUGACUACCACUGAUAUAGAUGCUUUAGAUACUUGCUUUAGUUAUAGACUAUAUAUAUAUCAGCUUCUUUUUAACUGAUUUUUAGACAGUCUUAUAGACCAUUAUAUGUAUUUUGAGAUGUGACAUAGUGAGACUGUCAGAGAAAGAACUAGAAUCAUUAGAUGCAGGAGUGCAUGUUCUAUAAAAAAGGAUGAAGACAUAUAUAGAAAUCUAAAUGGAAGCAUUUGGAAAAACAAAGGAAAUCGGAAUGUAUACCUGUUUUCAUUUGGAUUUACAAAGCACUAUUCAAAAAUAUUUCUCAUUCUUAUGUUUAAUCAUAGUCAUAGGGCCUAGUAUUAUUGAAACCUGAGUGGAUAAACUCAACAGAUAACAGCACGCCAAUUCCUUCAGGUUUAUCUCGGAAAUGAUAAAUGCCUCCAUAAGAGAAGGGUGUCGUAACUGUUAGGAGGAAUUAUGACAGGUCUUUAAAAGUUAACCUUGCCUUGACAUGGAUAAUUGUACUAGCUGUGGGCUUACAGGAAAUACUCUUUUCCUGGGCAAGGUGCUUUGCCAGAUAUAGCUGCAAAUAAAAUUCAGUCAUUCCAGAGAAUCAGUUUCAAGCCUGUUUUUGAUUUAGCAUUAAUCAUGGUCAUUGUGAUAAUCACCAAUGCUAGAGGAUGGAUUUGAGGAGAAUCGUGUUAGCUAUUGAAUGUUCUAAAUCUAUGCAGCUUGGCCCGCAUCGCCUGGAAUGCAAUGUACUUCAGAAAAGCAAAGAAUAAUAAUUACUGUGCACUGCAGAGCUAUCUGUGAGUGACACUAUACAUGGCCUUCAUGUCAUACUGGCUAUCAGCUGAGAUUAAUUCACCAGAGGCAACAUUUUUUGGACAGAUUGCCUAGUUCUAAUUAUCCAUCCUGUAAUCUCUAGACUACAGCUGGAAAAUUUUAUACAUGAAGUUAUCUUUUAAGAAAUUGCAAUUUGAAAUAUAGAUAUUGGCCUGCUGUGACUAACAUGCUGGGAUACCACUUCUUGUCAGUGUUUAAGAUUAAGCAGUUGAAAUGGCUUCCAGUUAAUUUCUUGCCUAUAAUUCAAUAUACUGGUGCUUCUUUUCAAAGUUGUUUGCAAUUUAGAAUAUUUGAAGGAUCAUCUAUAGCUAUAUUAGCAGAGAGAGAUUUACUUUUCUAUACAUUAAGAUCAUAUUUAUAUUUCUGCCAUCCAAGGUAAAGCAGAUAGUAAUCGAUAGUGACAUUCUGAGUACAGAAUGCUAUUCCUAGACAACAUAUUCAAGCCUUAUUUUAUCAGAUGAAAAUAAUUCCAAUUUUCCAGGUCUUUUUAGUCCCCCCCCCUUUAAAAUUGGUUUUGUGCCUUCAUUUGUAUUUCUAUUUAAGAUGUAGUUUCAAUAUGGUGACUGUUCUGUGUUAAUGGUUAGGUUUUGGUUUAAUCUAUACUUGUCAAGAAGAGAGAUUCUUUGAAGAGAGAAUAAAUGAAUGAAUGACAUUCUCGUUGUGAAAAGCUGACUUUUUGGAGUUAUUUGGAGUAACUUAAAUCAAUCCUUUAAAAUAUAACUUGACAAAGGCAACUAUACAAUUCAUCAAAAUUAACAGUUUAUUAUCCUAUGAUGCUAUGCACUUCCAAACAUAUGGCUUAUUAAAAAUGCUAAUUAUAGAUGUCGCCUUCAUUACUUUAAACCUGAAAUAUAAUAUUUUUGCAACCAUUAAAGUAUGUAUCUGUCCUCUCUCUGGCCUAAAUCUUGCUUUCUUAUAUAAAAUGUAUCACAAGACAAAAAAAAAGUGGGUUCUAUCUUUUUCUUUUUGUCCCAAUUUCUAUUUUAUUAUAAUUUUCCUGAAUUUUUUACAUAUUACAAACAUUUUUAAAUGGUGAUACCAUUUCAGACUACUAGAUAAAACCAAACAGAUUAGAGGAUUAAGUAUAUUUGAAAUUUGUAAAGGAGCUUUAGCUUUCAGUUAUCAAUACAGCUAUUAUAUUUUAGGUUAACUUUAACUAAGGAAUAAUUGUUUUAGCAACCAUUAAAAGUGCAUAAAAAGCUUCAGGCAAACCAAGUUUUGAAUUUCCUCCAAAUAAUCCUGUGGAUUUCAUUUCUCAGACUGUUCAGUCUGGACAACAAAUUGAGGUAUAUGUUAUAUGCAAGGACUCCAAAGCUAUAAUUUCAAGUGCUUUAAACACUGAAGUCACUACAUAUA